CAUUGAACGCGGCAGCAUCGGAGAGCUAGCGUGCCAGUAAUGCGACACGAAACUAGUAUGCAUAGGUCGGGAAUGCCUUGCCGGAGUUAUUGUGUCGAAGCACCCUGUCUGCUGGUUGAUUCGCAAUCAUACGUAAAUCUGAAUGCAUCCAGUCUUCGGCAAACUCCCACUUGAGAAGGCGGCAUGGUCAUAUGGCCGGCUGUGGGACUGGACACGCCUGUCCAUGCAUUGAAAAGACUCUCUAUGUAUAUCUGGCUAGAUCAGCUUCAGCAAUCGACCAUCGCCUAUAACAAAGUAGUCUCGCAAUCUCUGACUAGUGGUUAUAGAUUGAAUGGCAUACACCAUGAACCCGGCUGUUACGCGGAACUACCCUAGGUUCCCUGUAGAACUGAUAGAGCGGAUGAUCGACUAUCUUCAUGAUGAACCUAUCACCCUUGCUGCUUGUUCUGUCGUGGGGCGAAUUUGGCAUAUUCCCGCUCGCCUGCAUCUGUUCAGCGAGGUUGUCGUUACUAACGAUCGGGGCGGAUUCGAAUUCGAGCAAUUCGCUGCUGCGUUGGAAACAAUCCCACAUUUGAGCAAGUUUCUGCGCAGUCUGCACUUCAUUGGUAGUCGUAGUUAUGGGCUGAAUGUCCGAAAGGAUUUUGGAAGGGACGAUCAGCUUCCGAGAAUCACUUCCCGUCUCAUUGCUUGCAUUCUUAACAAGUGCGAUCGUCUGGGAUCGAUCAAUUUCCAAGCUGUGUACUUUGGUCAAUCGCCUGGAGAUGGGCAGCAAAUCUUCAGCUCUACCGUUAAGAGUGCUGCGACACUACAACACCUGACGUUCAACAGUCCUGGACCUUCCUUACGAGAGGAUCAUGCAUUGGACAAGCUCGCUCCACUCUUUCCGUCCUGGUCCGAUUCCAUCCGCUCUCAGCUACGGCUAUUCGUGAUGCUAGCCAUGGGUGGCACCCUUCACCUGCUCGUCAAGGACGGGCUGGAUACUGAAAACCCAAUCUUCACAAUUGCUGAACUUGUCCAGGAGGACAACUUCACAGUGUCAUCCGCUAUGUCACACAUUCUCGCUCAGGGACAAGUUCCACUCCAUCGCAUUGAGAAACUUACGAUUCCAAUUUCGUUCCGCAAUGUGGACUCCUUUCAUCCGUCUCUAUUCGGGAUGGCCUCUCCCAACCUGAUGAACAUUGGCAUUUCAUUUGGAGAAUUAUACAAGAUUCCCAAUUUGCAAUUGCAACACAUGCUUACCGUUGGAUACGGUUUCAUUGGACCUUUGUGGAGUUGGAAUUUAUAUGAUUUGAAGGCUUGUCCCUCUCUUCGCAGCUGUACCUUUCACUUCGAUUGGGCUUUCGGGGAGCAAUCUUGGAUCGUCAGUUGGAUGGCUGCUAUUCGAAUCCUCGAUUCUUUACCCGUAGAAAUCGUCGAGAUCACAUUCUCAGUAAUUGCCUUCGAAACUUCAAAUCAUCCACCAAACCUGAAGGAGCAUAAGUCCAUUCCUUACCACCAGCUCAAUCAAGCGCUACGGCGAUUUCCCAACUUAGAGGCCGCCAACGUCAUAGUCCAUCCUACCAUAUCAGCGGCUCAUGGGUCACUUCAUCAGCAACAGGACGAUGUACAUCUCCUCAUUGCUACACUCAAGCUAUGGAAGCCUCUCCUCCCUCUGAUGUGCGACCUUUACAUGGUCGACUCGAAGAGUAGAGUUGUUCUGCACCUCCGUAAUGAGAAAGGGAAACGAGUUAGUUGGAGGUUGCGACCUGGAGUUCGCGAUAGCACCAUUUAUGCGGAUCUUAUCGAAAACGGAUUUGGUCAUAGGUGUGGAUGGCCGAGCGAUGGUCUGGACCCUGGCAGUUCAAUGUUGUAUUAUGCAAAAGCCAACCUGGCUUCGUUUGUAUGAAUUCUCCGGUGACUCGUCUACAAAUUUCUAUGUAGAGAUGUGCGAUAAUCCCUACCAAAUUCGAACGAUGAUACCACACAU